UCAAAAAAUAAAAAAAUAAAAAAAAAUCCAAGCCCCGAGUGCGUAUAAAAAAGAAUCUGAAGAUUGCCCCUUUUUUCUGAUGAUUGUUGAUCGUUCCUCACCUUUAACCUUGAAGAGAAGAAGGCUGACAAACGUUGAUCCAAUGGAGGCUCAAGCCGCCAAGGCCAAGCUUGCUUCUGCAAAAGAAAAGUUUGGGCGAGAAAUCCGUGUCUUCGAGACGUCACCAUUUUCUUCCUCAUCAACUGAAGAGUCCAAAACUGAGGAGCCAGAUGAAUUCUACGAGUUCUCCGCAGAGGAUUAUUACCGAAUAAUGGCGACCAAAAAAGAAGAUAAAUAUUUAAAAACACGAAAAAUCAGGGAGGCAGAAGAGGCGGCACGCAGGUCGAGGAUAACGAAGGCUGUAAUCAGGUUAAGAUUUCCUGAUAACCACACAUUGGAGGCCACAUUUCAUCCAUCAGAAAAGAUCCAGAGCUUGGUUGAUCUUCUCGUGAAAGUGAUUGCAAAGCCAGAUUGGCCAUUCUAUCUAUAUACUACACCUCCUAAAAAGCAUAUAAAAGACAUGUCACAGGAUUUCUAUAGUGCUGGUUUUGUUCCCGGUGCAAUUGUGUAUUUUGCAUAUGAUAUACCAAAAGGGGAUGAUGACGCAGCUGCAUGGACAGGUCCCUUCCUUCGGGACGAAAUCAUCUCUUUGAAAGGCUUGGAACUCAUCACCGAGCAGGAGGAGCCUGCUCAGCCGGAACCUGCACCUGAACCUGUACACCCAGCACCCACUCCUGUUGUGGAAGAACGCAGGCCUGCAGAGAAAAAACCGAUCAAGCCAAAGUGGCUAAAGCUCUGAUAGGGUCUAACCGAGCAGGCGAACUCCCCCUUCAUUCUUCGACUUAUCAAGCAGCAAAUCAUUGACUGGAGACUACAUUAAACGUGGAGGAAGGUUUCAAGCAUUAAAUUACGUUUCAAGCAUCAAGUUAUGUUGAAAUAUGAAGGGAUCUCAGGCGUCGCCUCCUAAGUCCUAAGGCUAUAACUCCUGUGCUUUGCUGAAGUUGUCAGUGUUUGUAAUGUAUGAAUGCUAGUUACGUAUAUUGUGCUUCAGUAAAGAAAUGACAUUGCUUCUUUUGCGUUGUUAA